UUGGUCCAUUUUCAAACACGACGGGCGCGGUUUAGUUUGAAGGAAAAAGCUUAGCAAAAUCUUGCAGCACACACACCGUAGGCUAGCUAAAGUGGGAUAGGGUUUAGUCUGCCAUCCUGAAGACCUUGGUUGGAAAAAGCGGCGCUGGACAAAAUGGAGGACUACUUAAAAAUUGAGAAAAUUGGUGAAGGUACAUAUGGAGUGGUGUACAAGGGAAGGCACAAGUCAACUGGUCAGAUUGUUGCCAUGAAGAAGAUUCGUCUGGAGAGCGAGGAGGAGGGCGUACCCAGUACCGCCGUCAGAGAGAUCUCUCUCCUCAAAGAGCUGCAGCACCCAAAUGUUGUGCGGCUGCUGGACGUGCUGAUGCAGGAGUCCAAGCUCUACCUGGUGUUUGAGUUCCUGUCUAUGGACCUGAAGAAGUACCUGGACUCCAUUCCCUCUGGACAGUUCAUGGAACCACAGCUUGUGAAGAGCUACCUGUACCAGAUCCUGGAAGGCAUUGUGUUCUGCCACAGCCGCCGGGUGCUGCACAGAGACCUGAAGCCGCAGAACCUGCUCAUCGACAACAAGGGAGUCAUCAAGCUGGCCGACUUUGGCCUGGCGCGCGCCUUCGGAGUGCCCGUGAGGGUCUACACACACGAGGUGGUGACGCUGUGGUACAGGGCUCCAGAGGUGCUUCUGGGCGCGUCCCGUUACUCUACUCCCGUAGACAUCUGGAGCAUCGGCACCAUCUUCGCCGAGCUGGCCACCAAGAAGCCCCUCUUCCACGGAGACUCAGAGAUCGACCAGCUCUUCAGGAUCUUUAGAACUUUGGGAACACCCAAUAAUGAUGUUUGGCCCGACGUGGAGUCCCUGCCCGACUACAAGAACACUUUCCCCAAGUGGAAGGGAGGGAACCUGGCCACCGCUGUCAAGAACCUCAACAAGAGCGGCAUAGAACUGCUCGGGAAAAUGCUGAUCUACGACCCUCCGAAGCGCAUCUCAGCUCGGCAAGCCAUGAACCACCCAUACUUUGACGACCUGAAGAAGAAUACACUGCCUGCUAGCAACAUGAAAAUGUAAGCCAGCACACUGGCCUGCUACUGGGAGACUACCCUACGUUCCCUUGGCAACCCACUGAACUAUGGAGCAAUACUCACCACCUCGGGAUUUGUCCCUGUUUGUUUGUUUUUUCUAUGUUGUGUUUGUCCCCUUUCCGUGUUUCGUCUGUCGUGUAAUAUACAGCAUUUGUGUACAUACGUUAUUGAGCCACUUUUGGAAAAUUCUUUUGGAGAGGAGCUGCAGUUUGUACAUGUUUCCAGUAAAGUACACUUUUUUGACAUCUAA